UGUGGUCUGAAAGCAUUCGAUUCAUCAACAACAGAGAUCAAGCGACAAAUCGGGCGUGUGUCGUGACUGUCGCUAUGGUCGUGUGGCUGUUUGCCGUCCUCCUGGUGCCCUGGGCGGCUGUCGAUGGGUUUGUGCGGCCACCACUCACACCGCUGCAGCCGCAGAUGCAGCCCACAUCACGGCUGGAUGGCUUCCACCGCAUCAGCCGACUCAGAGGACGUCAGCCAACACCGACACACAUACAGAUCUCACGCUGCAGUGAACGUCACUCUGACUGUGUGUGUGUGUGUGUGUCUGUGUGUGUGUCUGUGUCUGUGUCUGUGUCUGUGUCUGUGUCUGUGUAUCUGUGUAGGGCGGUGUGUUGCCGCCAUGAGUGGAGAACCGGUUGGGCUGUUGGAUGGUCAGUUCGUCCAUGGGGAUGGCAAAGGCGGUUAUGAGUUGGUGGUCAAUGGUCAGCGGUUGGCCAUCAAGCCGUCGUUCCACUCGCACAUCAAGUUCUGCAUCGAACCCGACAAGUGAGCGACCUGAAGACCCAGACACAGACAGGUGUGCUUCCACCCUCGACUUGGUGCUGGUGGUCAGGUCAUCUGUCGGCACCGAUAAAGGCCAAGAGAAUAAGGAAGGCGAUCAGCUACCAGCACCCGCACCAACCCCAGCAGCGAGACCAGCGGCAGAUGAAGGGACGGCGGACAGCAAAGACAACGACACGACUGACGAUGGCUUCGUCCAGCACCUUUCUGGCGCACUUCACAAGGUGGUGCGGCAGGGCAGUGGCAGAGUGCCGACGGCCAACGACACCGUCAAGUUCGACGAGAUUGGGUGGUUUGAUGACUUUCACGGCCAGGAGAAAGCCUUCGAUGACCGUGGGUUCGAGUGGCGUGUGUCUGAUCUGGCUGACUGGUGGCGUGAGGCGAUACUGUCGAUGCGCGAGGGGGAGGUGAGGCAGAUCAUACGGCCAGCCAGAUAUUCUGUCCGCUACCUUCAGCUGCGGUUGAUCGGCAUUAUAAACGACGCGUGAGUAACACUGUCACACAGGCACAUUUGCUUUCAUCCCGACUUGGUGCUGGUGGUCAGGUCGGCUGUCGGCACCGAUAAAGGCCAAGAGAAUAAGGAAGGCGAUCAGCCACCACCACCCUCACCGACCCCAGCAGCGGGACCAGCAGCAGAUGAAGGGGCGGCGGACAGCAGCGACAACACGGCCGACGAUGGCUCCGUCCAGCGCCCGUCUGGUGCACCUCACAAGGUGGUUCAGCAGGACAGCGGCAGAGUGCCCACAGCCGACCAGGCCGUCAGUGUGGGUGUGACCAAUGGCAAUGACGCCACACUGCGGCGUCAGGAGGUCUCAUCGCCAACCACAGCAAGUGGCCAGGGCGGCGGCGAUGUGUUUGCUCAGUCGUCGUUGGGUGUGUUUUAUCAAGUGGUGCGGCAGGGCAGUGGACCCAAACCGACACGUAAGCAACGAGUCAAGAUCGACUACAUCGAGUGGACUGAUGACUUCGACGGACAAGACAAGAGAUGGGACAGGCGUGGGUGGGAGUACCCUGUGUAUGCUGAGCGUAAUGAGUGCAUCCAUGAGGCCCUCACUGACAUGCGUGUGGGUGAGGUGCGGCGUAUUGUGGUGCCGGCCGGGCUCAGCAUCACUGGGAAGGAAGGCUUCGUCGAGAUGCGGCUAUUGGACAUCUGGUGAGUCGAGCUCAUCCACACACGUGUGACGAUUGGUGUGCGCCACGUCAUUCACUUCGUGUGUGAGUGGUGCUCCUCCUCUCCCCUUCAAUGUUCCCUUUGCCAGGACUCCUGUGGGCUUCAGACAGAUGCCGUCUGGCGUCUACUUUCAGGUGGUGCAGCCGGGCAGUGGGCCAAAACCGACAGGUGACCAACGCGUCAAGUAUGACUUCAUCCAAUGGGCUGACGACUUCGAUGGAGAUCCAGUACACGAGAAGCGUGGGGAGGUGGAUUGCCCGUCCGACUGUGAUGAGUGGGAGGAGGAGAUGUGGACUGACAUGCGUGUGGGUGAGGUGCGGCGUAUUGUGACGCCGGCCGGGCUGAUCAACAAAUGGACGGAGGAUUUCAUCGAGUUGCGGCUUUUGGACAUCCUGUGAGUCGGGGUACAUUCACACAUGUGUGAGGAUUGGUGUGCGUCAUGGCAUUCACUUCGUGUGUGUGUGGGUGUUGCUCUUCCAGUCCUCUUCGGUAUUUCUUUGCCAGGACUCCUAUUGGCCCCGAGCGGCCACCAUCACCACCAGCAGCAGCAGCUACGACGGCGUCUAAUAACGACAGCAGCCAUGAAGGAUUCACUCUGUAUCCCUCUGGAACCUAUCAUCAAGUGGUCAAAGAGGGCAGUGGGCCCAAACCGACGCAUGACCAGUGGGUCAAGUACGACGUCAUCGGGUGGCACGACGACUUCGACUUGCAAGAGAAGGAAUUUGAGGAAGGUCGGUGGGAGUUGCGUGUGUCUGAGUGCACUGAGUGGGUCCAGGAGGUCGUCACUGACAUGCGUGUGGGCGAGGUGCGUCGGGUCGUCGUGCCGGCCAGACUGAGUGUCACUGGCAAGGAGAGAUAUAUCGAGUACAGGCUGGUGGACAUCAUGUGAGUCGGUACACAUUCACACACGUGUGCGGACGUUGAUGUGACUCGCGGCAUUCACUUCGACUGUGCGUGGUGCUCUUUGCUUUUUUGCCAGGAAUUCUGUCGGCCCCGACUGGCGACCACCACCACCAGCAGCAGCUCCGACGGCACCUAAGAAUGACAGUAGCCAUGAAGGGGCGGCGGACAGCAAGGGCGACGACACGACUGACGAUGGCUUCGUCCAGCGCCCGUCUGGCGCACUUCAUAAGGUGGUGCGACAGGGUAGUGGCAGAGUGCCCACACUCCACGAGCGCGUCAGGUAUGACGAGAUUGGGUGGCGUGAUGGAUUCGACGGCCAGGAGAAAGCCUUCGAUGACCGUGGGUUGGAGUGGCGUGUGUCUGGUGGGCCGAUGAGUGAGUGAGGCGAUACUCUCGAUGCGCGAGGGCGAACUUAGGCGCCUCAUUACGCGAGAUGGGAAGUACAUCGAGCUGCGGCUGAUCGGCAUUAUCGACGAGGA